GUAUGCGCAUCGACCGAUGCAAGGCCGGGCAUAUUCACCAUCCUUUUUAAAAGAAAAGAAAAAUGGGUAUCAUGAGACCGUGGGGCGGAACAACCAUAAUGGGAUGAGCGGACAAGAGAACGCCUGCCUUAGCUCUGCCACCCAUGAAACUGGUGAGGUCAUUACUCAUUUUAUUCGAUAAAGUGAAUAAAUGGUGGGACCUACUGACACCAAAGAAUAUCUGCCCACCCCCGACCCGUGGUUCUCUUCAGAUUCGUCGUCUUGGUCAUGCGUGCGGUGGCAUGUUUUUCUGCAAGCUUUUGGAAAUUUCUGCAACUUCGGUUUGGAAAAUUUUCUUUCUGGCCACACUGCUGGAUUCCUGCUACGGGCCGGAUCAAAGAAGACACCUCAAGGGGAGCAUAUUGCCGAUUCAUUGUUCCAACUCCACCUAGUGCAGCACUACUUACAUAUUGCACCUUACACCAAGUUUCUGGCUCGCAUCUCACACUCACACAAGACAAGUCACCAAGCAGACACAGAUAGGCAGCAGCAGCUGCGGCGCCGUCGGCAACCCUACGGGCUCGUGCUGCCCGGUGUGCGACCACAGCGGACGGCGCUGCUCCAUCACAGCUAGCCUCUCCUCCGCUCCAAGCUCCAGGUUGCAAGACGGCAUGCGUACGGACGGUGAGCUGGUACGCCGACGGGUCUCUCCUCCCAUCAUAUAGCUUCAGAAGAGUAAGGAACAUCUGAAGGAAUAGCUUCUCCAAGGUGAUCGUCUCAGACAUCCAAAAACUAUCAUGCAUGCAAUUGAGGGUUUGAUCAAACUAAUCAAUAUGUGGGAAAUCCAGCCUCUCGUGCUCCUCAGCUUCACACUGCAAAUUUUCUUGUUCUUUACUGGCAGCCUUAGACAGCAUAGUGCCAGCAUGUUCCUAAGGCUCUCCAUUUGGGCAGCUUAUCUGGGAGCGGACUUUAUAGCAGUUUAUACCCUCGGCCUUGUCUCGCGACAUGAGGAUAUCACCAUUGAAGGGCACAUACCAGGGAAAACACAAUCACUAGCUUUCUUUUGGGCACCGUUUCUCCUCAUCCAUCUUGGCGGGCAGGGCACUAUUACUGCCUUUGCCAUGGAGGACAAUAACUUGUGGUUGAGGCAUUUGCUAAAUCUAGUGGUUCAAGUUGUCCUAGCUAUAUAUGUUUUCUGGAAGUCUAUUGGAAGACACAGCGUGGAGCUUCUAGUGUCUGGUGUAUUUUUGUUUGUUGUUGGAGUUAUCAAGUAUGGGGAAAGAAUAUGGUCUCUCAAGUGUGGCUGCUUUAAAAUCCUUGAGAGCGCAAGUGGACAUCGUUACAAGAAGUUGCCAGACCUUGAGUGCGAAGAGGACACAGGCCAGGAAUCUAACAGCAAAGUGAGCACUGGUGGUGGCUAUGAUAGCAUUGUUUAUAUAGCUCUGUCUUCAAUGCCACAUGUCCAUGAUAUCUUUUCGGGACGUGGCUACUUUUCUAUCGCGGAUUUCCCCGCAAGGUCGAUGCUAGAUGACAACAAAGAGGCGAUCAAGAUGGUCAGUAUUAUUCUUAGCGUGAUGUUUGCUGAUUUCUACACAAAGGCUCUUGUGGUCAGAAGAAAAAGUGCCAUCAUACUUAGAUGCAUCUCUCAGAUGUCUGCUGUUGUUGCUUUUGCUGUGUUCCAUGAAAAUGACAAACAGAGGCAUGAGAAUUUAAGCAAGAUAAUCCGCCGAUCGAUAUUGGAAGUAGACGACCCCUCCGAGGUAAUCCCGCGUUCCGAAUUGAUAAUCCGGCAGCACUCCGACAUACAGAAAACAAGAGGUCCGAGGAAACUAGAGAGAGAGAAGCCUAGUGAUGUCCAGGAAGAAGAGCUUCUGAUUGACCAACCCAAUACGGCGCAGGUGACACCGGAAGGCACGAAAGAAGAAGAUCGUCCAUACCAACUGUGGAGCAUAUUCGGCCAGCCCAGAUUGGAGGCACAUGUAGGCAACGAGAUGGUACGUCUCGAGUUAGGUUAGAUAUAGCAUUCGUGCCUGUCUAUCAGGACCUCAUUGUACGGAAAUGCAUGCUGGGGCUUGUCCUUUUCUAGAUAAAAGCUAAAAACAUAUUUUUCACGUAAAAAAUUACAAAUGAAUCUAGGAAUGUAUACUACUUCUCUGUAAAUUUUCAUGAUGAAAUACGUUUUGAUGAAAGCUACACAAAAAAAAUCAUGUAUUUCUUGCACAUGCUAUUCACCAUAAAAGUCCAAAAUUUUGUUUUUUACGGCUCACACUAAAGCGUAUUUCAUCACGAAGUUAUACAAGAAUGUAGCAUACAUCUGUAUGAUCAUGUAUAUUUGUGUUCGGAAUUUUUGUUACUUUAAAAUGAUUUUCUAUUUUUUUCCCUGUAAUAUCCAUAGGCCCAUUUAGUCUUUGUCUUAGUUGGGCCACAU